AUGGCACCCGAGAAGCAGAUUGAAGAUAGCGAUGAGGUUUCUGCCUUUGAGGAGGGUGAUGCUGCUUGGCUUGUGCGGCAGUUCGGUCGCUUCAAGCCACUGCUGCAGCAAGAGGCGGCCGGCAGCAGAAGCUUGCGUCUGACACUGCCUGUUGAGUUGGGUGUUCUGGGAGCCGCAGCAGCAACACCAACAGCGGACUCCAAACUUGCAACCUCUCGGGAUGCAGACAGAGCCCGCCGCCUGCUGCAGUGGUCAAACAGACAGCACAGAGAACGAGCCCAUCAUCUGCAGCGCCUCGCCGUGGGGCACACCCGGCGGCUGCGUUUUGGCAAACGCCAGAAGAGGAAGCGAACGCGAGGCUGCGAAUUAGGGGUGGAGAGCAGCAGCAGCAGCAGCAGCAGCAGCGGGGAAGAAGCAGCAGAGGAAGACAAGACUCCAUGCUCUCCUUUAAAGGGCCAGAGGGGUGAUCAGAGAACUGCCUCAGCUAGAGGUGCUUCUUCUGUGGCCCCUCUGCAGGAGGAAGAUGAUGAGGACAACCCGUUGCUGCUAGCUGCGUACGAUUUGCUGUUCUGUUCGAGUGUCAGUACAGCGGGGGGUCCUUCGGCUCUGCCCAGCUCUCUGCUGAGCUUCAUCAUCGAAGAGAAGAGGCAGCAAAUGUACGGCAAGGAAGGAGGAAGCUGCAGAAAACCGCAAGCAGACACAAAAACAGAGCAAGCAACGCGUGCGAGGCAAGACAAGACCUGCAACAGCAGCGAACCCCCACAUCAGACGAAUGCGGAUGCUAAUCACUCCGAAAUGUUUGGAGACUCAGAACUGCAUCCGAUAAGACAGCUGCAAGAAAGUGUUUUGAAUCUGCCUGAGCAGAACGGCCUAAUAAAGGAGUGCCUGAUGAAAGAGCAACGUGAAUUUAAACUUCAUCAGGCACUUCAAGCCGCUGUGCAAGUCGUCCGCGGCCACCUCCGAACGCAGACGAAAUACACCGCAGCAGCCGCUGCUACCAUUGCUCCUGCUCAUCCUGCAGGCAGCAGCAGCGCCUCUUGCGAGAGGCUUGUUAAAGAGCUGAAGGCGCUGCUAAGGCAGUGUUCUCACCCUCUUUAUCUCGUCGUUAUUGGCUUCGACAGCUCAGCCCUAACGGAUGGUCGCCGCCACCUCGCGGCUCUCGCAUCUUGUGACAAGGCAAGUGGCAUAUGCUGCAUCCGCCUCAUCUGCAGCGCUGACCAUCUUCUGCAUGCAGUUCUUGUGGAUGCGGCGGAGUUGCGCGAUUUCCGUUUUGUCUUCGAGACAGCCCACACGCGGCGUGACUAUCGUGAGGAGGUGCUCAGCGAGUGGGGAUCCAUGUGCGGCUUUGUCCCGGGCUGGUUGUGGGCAGCCAGCAGGGUUCAGAGCGGCAACGGAAGCGGCAGCAGCGUCAACUUUGAAGUGGUGAUGCGGGGGCUGACAACCAACCACAAGCGCCUUCUCCGUUGCAUUGCUGAAAUGCAACUGGCGCAGAUCGAGAGAAAGGAGUCGCCACUAGUCAGUCUCGCUGACCUUGGGACGGAUGCAAGUGAAGUUUCCCUCUCUUUGAGCAAGCUGAAGAUCAAGGAGCUUCUUGUGGAAGUCACCAGCCAUGGGGCCGCCGUGUUGACGAAGAAGAAUGGCCAAGAUGCUGUUGCUAUCCGCGCGAACAAGUCCGUAGAAAGCAGAGCCUCACGUGUUCACUCGUAG